AGCGCGUUGUUGACGGGUGAAGCAAGAUGGCUGCGCCCGGUUACCGAGGCGUGAGUGAUGGAGCUGGGGCCGCUGAGACGAGCUUUCGUAGAAAAGCGCGGGGAAAGCUCCCGGCCAUCAGCGGGACCCGGCCCUCCGUGCACAAUGGGCAGCUCCUCGUCUCCACCGGCGUGCCCUCUCUGGAUCACAUCCUAGGCGGUGGUCUUGCUGUGGGGACACUACUCCUAAUAGAGGAGGACACCUACAGCACUUACUCCAACCUUCUGCUCAAGUAUUUCCUGGCGGAAGGAAUAAUCUGCGGACAUGAGGUCUUUGUCGCGUCUGCCAGUGAUAGUCCACACAAAAUCUUAAAGGACCUUCCAGCACCUCUUACAGAUGAAAUACCACGGCAGGACGAUAAAGCAAGGGUCACAGAAGGUCUCAGAUCAGCAGAAGACACAAUGAAGAUAGCAUGGCGCUACCAGAACCUUCCGAAAUUGGAGUCUGUAUCCUCAUCAAGAUUUGGCCAUUAUUACGAUAUAUCUAAAAGUAUAUCUCCAGAUCUGCUGCUAUCUGCCAAGACACACAGCUACUACCUUCCCAGUACUAUACCUCUGGAUGGAACGUACGGCUCUUCCAAUGAGAUGGCCUGCGACUACCUCCAGCUUCUCCAGUCUAUCCAAGGCGUUGUACACCAGGGUGGCUUUGACGGAUCCAACCCCCAGCAGAAAGGACAGAAGAACAUUCUGCGGAUCGGAAUUCAGUCUCUGGCGUCGGUGCUGUGGGGCGACGAUAUCUGUACUCAGGAGCAGCCUCACAAUCUCCACAGCUUGACUUGUUUUUUGUAUGCCCUCCGAGGUCUCUUGCGGUCCUCGCUGUCAGUGUGCGUCAUCACAGUACCUACACAUCUCAUCCAGAAUAAAGCAAUUAUUGCACGUGUGAGAAACUUGUCAGAUACGGUAGUUGGCCUUGAAUCAUUUAUCGGCUCAGAGAGGGAAUCCAAUCCAUUAUACAAAGACUAUCAUGGUUUAUUUCUUGUUUACAAGAUUCCUCGACUCAACAGUUUGAUUUCUGAAGGGCCCGACACCAAGGACCUGGCUUUUAAGUUAAAAAGAAAGAUGUUCAGCCUCGAGAGACUACAUUUGCCUCCAGACUUGUCAGACACAGUGAGUCGUUCAAGCAAACAGGAUCUGGCAGGGUCGACCAAACUGCUGAGCUCAGGAUGUGGCUCUGCCGCCGCAGGCAAGAAGCACCUGGACUUCUAGUGAUUUCUACUAAGCAGAUAUGUUCACAAACCCUGGCGCCCAAAUGGGGCACCAUCAUCAUCAACAUUACACAUUUUUAUAUAACUAUUAAAAUAAUAUUCGCAUAACUGGCCUGAGUCUCUCUUUUAAGAGUUACAAGGAUAUGUAAGAGGUUUGUAUAUUAUUUUUUUAAUCAUAAUUUUAUUUUUAUAUACACUUACUGACAAAAAUAAUAAUAACGCACCAAGAAGGAGUUGUUGGAAUAGAAUGAAUGUAAUGAUGAUAUAUGUAAGUGAUUAUAAUAUUAGAGUUAAAGGAUACGUUUAUUGGGGAAAACUGUACAAUUGAAAUGAGGCUUUAGGACCCUGUUGGGCCACCUAGAUACAAGACGAGGUACAGUUGGGUAUGGAGGCAUACAGGUUCUCCUACGACACAUUUGCCCACAGAUGUUGCAGCUGGGCCUGUAGAUCCUGCGCACUUGUAGUUUGCCGAAGCUGGUGCCCAAGCUAGUCCCAUAAAAGCUCCAUUGGCGAUAAAUCUGGCUACCGGACAGGUCAAGGAAGUGUUGUAAUCUGGGUGAGACAUUCCUGGGAAACCCUUGGUAUGUGUGGGAGAGCAUUAUCCUCCCGAAAAAUGCCUGUUGGAAGCCCUGCUAUGAGCGGCAACACAUGUGGCCUCAGGAUGUCCUGCACAUAUCGCUGGGCUGUUAGUGUCUCUCAUAGUCAGUUCCCAAACAGAAACUGGAUUCAACGCUAAAGAUGUUAUGGUUCCAGUCCAGGUUUCUCGUUCACAACACUACUGCAAUCGAAGGCGACAGUGGCUGGCUGUCGAUAGCAAGACACGUAAAUUGGCACCAUAACACCAAAUAUCCUUCUGCUAAGCACCUGGAAAUUGUUGGGCCAGAUUCAGGGGUGUGAAGAUGCCACCUGCGUCUGGAUGGUGGACAACUAAACUUUGAGAGCUGCUUUUGCUUAUUGGUGGAUCAAACAAUCCUCUCUACUGGUGGUCUGUCUGGGCUGUCCAGAGCCUAUGCACCAUGGGUGCGUGCCUGCUCCCAAACCUCCUAACAGCUAGGUCAGAACGUCCUAGAUGUCGGGCAGUUUGUCAAAACAACCAUCCUACUUCUCUCUGAUGCGCCCCCUCUUAAAGUCUGUCAGUUGGGAAAAAUAUUUUUGAGUGCAUAGUAGAGGCAUGUUAACCAGUUAAUGAUCUCUCACCAAGCAGUACACUACCCAAAAGUAGCUUCUGAGAGCUUUUUUUAUAGGGCAGAUUGAGAAGCACUUUUACGCCGCCUUGUGGCAAGACCCAGUGUCUAAUCAGACCACACCGGUAAUCAUUUACAUAUCUGCCUGAGACAUAACUACAUGCUGAGUUUUGCAGCAA